CUUUUCCGGAGGGGGGCGGGGGCGGAGCGGAGACGGUUUCCGCGCUUCCUUCCCGUCGAGAAGCGGCUCCUCGGCCGGCUCGCCUCGCUCUUCCUCCGGCUCCCUCGGCGUGCGGCCGGCCUCGGACUGCUUCUCUUCGGCCAUGGCCCUGCUCUGUUACAACCGGGGGUGCGGGCAGCGCUUCGACCCCGAGAGCAACACGGACGAGUCAUGCACAUAUCAUCCAGGAGUGCCCGUCUUUCAUGAUGCUCUUAAAGGCUGGUCAUGUUGUAAGAGGAGAACCACAGACUUUUCUGAUUUCUUGAGCAUUGCGGGUUGUACGAAGGGCUUCCAUAACAGCGAGAAGCCACCUCAGCCAGUCAAGCCCGAAGUUAAAACUACUUCUGAGCGAAAAGAGCUAGCUGACCUGAAACCUAAAUUUCAAGAACACAUCAUUCAGGCCCCAAAGCCGGUGGAAGCAAUUCAGAGGCCCAGCCCAGAUGAGCCAAUGACUUACUUGCCACUGAAGGUAUCAGCUUCCUUGAAGCAAGCAUUAGACAAGCUAAAACUGUCAUCGGAGAAUGAAAUUAAAAAAGAAGAGGAUAGUGAAGAGAUAAAGAUUGGGACAUCUUGUAAAAAUGGGGGCUGUACAAAGACCUUUGAAGGACCAGACAGCAUGGAAGAAGAAUGCACAUACCACGCAGGUGUGCCUAUAUUUCACGAAGGGAUGAAGUACUGGAGUUGUUGCAAGAGGAAAACAUCAGACUUCAAUACUUUCUUGUCUCAAGAAGGCUGUACAACAGGAACACAUCUAUGGAUUAAGAAGGAUGCUGGAAAAAAGAUGGUUCCAUGCAGACAUGAUUGGCAUCAGACAGGAGGUGAAGUGACCAUUUCAAUAUAUGCUAAGAACUCGGUUCCUGAACUCAGCCGCGUAGAAGCAAAUAGCACACUGUUAAAUAUCCAUAUUGUCUUUGAAGGUGAUAAGGAGUUUAAUCAGAAUCUGAAUUUAUGGGGCGUGAUUGACGUGAAAAGGAGCUACGUAACUAUGACUGCUACAAAGAUUGAGCUCAUUAUGAGGAAAGCUGAGCCCAUGUUAUGGGCAGGCUUAGAACUCCCAGCAUCUAAACUACAACCAAAAAACCAGCAAGAUAUAGCGGAACAAGCCUGAAGUCUGACAGAGGCCCUCGAUUACCCAUAGUGGAGUGGUGACUUGCUGUUGUAACAGGAUUUUAUACACAACCGUUUUUUAAAAAAGAAAACCAUCACAAACCUUGCAUUCCAUCUCAGGCACAAUGCUUAGGUUUUUCAAGAAAUUGCAGUUUUAUUUCCCUGUCUUGAACUUCAUCUAUACAGCUGAGGUUGGUGCUGAGGGCAAUCUUGUAAAUAUGUUUGUUGCAAGGUUUGGGGCGCCCUUGAAAGUAGUUAUUGUGAGAGAUCCUGUAGAGGUGGUUUGAACAGCAGCUCACUCCUGCUUUGAGCUUGUUUUUUUUCCCCUUAUGUCUCAUAUUCCCCCAAAUCUUUACUACAAAAGGACUAGUUCCUGUUUAGGUAGAAAAUGUCUUGUCUGGGCUGUACCACUUCAGACUGUAGAUGGGGCUCCCCCAUUCCCCUUUUCUCCAUAUAGAACAUACGAUGUUAGGGAGAAGGUAUGCUAGCUUUCCAUGUAGAAAAGAUCUCUCUAUCUCUCUCCCCCCGCCCCCCCCCCCAUGGCAAAACAUUCAGUCAUGCGAGUUCAAAGCUUCUGCUGUGAAGCUGUGGGUGACUGCAUUCCUAAAUGCACUCAUUCCUGUCCAAUUUUUACUUGGAUGCAUUUUAAUAUUAAAUUUGUGAAUCUGAGUUUGUAUUUGACAGAGAAGGCAUUUGUGAAGCUAAGAACUAGAACUGGGUGCAAGAGCUUGAAAACAGGCAAGAGCUUAACAAGUGGGAAGGUAGCGCAGGGAGUGGACCAAAUAUGCGGUUGUUUGAUGUGGUAAAAGGCUCUUCCUAUUCGUCCUUGCUUACCCAAUUGUAAAUACAGGGAAGGAAUAAAAUUCUGCCCACCGGGAUGGACGCUGCAAACAGUUGGCUGCCCUGCCCCUUUUAGCUUUUUGCUCAUUGCAGGGCCGGUCUACAUUUUUUACUAGCCUAAGCAAAUACUGACUUUUUCUUGUGAUUUGUACUGGGCAGCAUAACAGCUUGUGGUAAAAUAAUAUCUUGAUCAUUCCUUUAUAAUUUAAUAAUCUGCUACCACUUUCCUUUCUUCCUUCCCUUAAUAAUUGUCUGUGCUCUGGGCAGCCAGUGGAGAUAAGAUGGCUCUUGGUUGUAUUUCCUGAAAUGCAGGAUAUUACUUCGCCAAUGCUCUGCUGAUUCAUUGAGGCCACAUGCAUUUGCUGCAGAUGUUUACAUGUUCUCAAACGCACUGUUGGGGCAAGGAUCUUAAGCUGCUUCCUAGUUUGGCUUUGUGUUUAGGCCAGUUGGUUUUUAGUGAUAAGUUACUGCCCUGUGAAAGUUACUCAGUCUGAUUCAUUGCCCAAGUACCACUCAGCACUGAAUAUUAAAGGGUAGUCUUUUGGGCGUGUAGAGACUAUGCUUUGCAUUGCAACCUGUUCUUUCUGUAUUCACAUUGUUUGUGCUGUCGGUUUCUUACCUGUACUGUUCUAUUUGUAGCUGAACCACUUCUUGCUGGAACUUUAUUUGCAGGGAAAGAGGAUAUGAACUGAUGGUUUGAGUACUGUAUAAUAGAAAUUAACACAUUUCGGUGCAGAGCUCAUUUGGUUUGGGGGCAUGUUUUGGGGGCACAUUUAGUUUGGGAGAAGGUAGGGUUGUCUAGCAAAUUUAAGUAGCACAUGUCUCCCAGCAGCAACUCCAGAGCAGCCUAAGUCAUUAUUUUAUCCUGGGUUGUUCUUGUUCAGACUUGCUCAUGUGUCAUGAGCACUCAGUUAAUUCUCUUUCUGCAGUGCAAAUGGCACAUCAAAGGAUAGUCUAAUAUGGUCACAGUCUCCUUGAAGCACCUUUACCAAUUUUUCUUCAAGUGGCAAAGGAUCAGACAGGAGCACUGUAACUUGUAGGGCUGUUCAGGAGCAGUUCCACGAGUUGCAAAUAGCGCUCCACUUGAUUUCAGAGCAGGCACUACCCGUUCAAUAACAACGUGAGCAUUACCUUUCUGACAUAAUCGUUACUUAACCUGUGCCUGGAAAUGAAAUUUUUUGUAUAGCAGUAUGACAGACUCUGAAAUCAAAGUAAAACAAAGAAGGGAGAAACUAGUACAUAAGCCAACAAAAAUGGGAUUAAAGAUAACUUCCAUUUCUUGAGACUAAGGGCUUUGGAGACCAUAAACUUUUUACUUGGGUGUCUUCUGUGACUGAACUCUCUGUUCUUAUCAGUGUACAUACUAUGGCUCUUGGCUUUUAGUGUUUAUAGGGACAGAGUCCCUUCAGGCUGAUCUCUGUCCUUGGGAGGCAUAUUUUCAGGCAUUGUCUACACAAGUCCAAGUUUCUAGAAUUUUCAGGUGGCAGAAUGGACUGUUCAGUGCUCCUCCAUGUGAAAAUUCCUUGUCCAGAAGCACAAGCGUGUUCUAUUCUAGUCCUUUGCAUGGUGUGCUGGUUUCCCACGGGUAGAAAAUUAUUAAUGUAGAACUCUGAAAAAUGUAAUUCCUUCCUUGUAAAUUGAAUAAUACAAUCCAGCCUUCUAUCUCUGUCACUUGGUUACUCAUUCUGCUUUAAUGUGCCGAGCAGAUCUCAGUUCAUGUGCAGAAGCCUGGUUGAGUUACUGCCUCUCAACAGCUCCUGGUUGCUGUGCCCUUAAGUUGAAGCAGGAAUGAACCAAUCCCAUUUUGCUUCUCUUUCUCUGAUGUGGCAUUGGUCAGAGGGCCUGUAAUUAGUGUUAUUUAGGCAAGGUUCUAUGCAAAAGUUGCUAGUCUUAUUCCUUCAGAAGCUUGGAAAGGUCCACUUCCACCCAAAAUGUGGUUAUGGAUGUGAUGGAAAUGCCCCGUCGCUUAGGAAAGCAUUUUAGUUUGCUUGUUUUGUUGUAAAUUAAUGGACAUUCCCUUCAGAGAGUUAGCAGAUACUGCACAUAUGGUGCUUCCCCCUAAUUCUAGCUCAACACUGAUGAAAUAAUUCCAGAUUCUGCUCAUUCCUUGCUUGUGUUUAAGCCAUUACUUCAGUAGAAAUCUGCAGUUGGGUCCAUCCAGAUUUUCUUGCAUUGUUUCUUACAAAAGGCUUUCCUAGAACUGCUUUUGGUUCUCUCUGGAAUUUUAGGCAUGUGUGUGACUUAUUACAAAGUACGAAAGAAGGUGGCAAGCCGCCUGUUCCGAAAACAGUAGAUGUUUUUGAUAUUAAUUGUGAGGGGAAACAUCAACUUCUUCAGGCUUGUAAGACUGAAACAGACGUCAUCACGGUUUCUUUCUCUGUUUUAUUAGCUGCUUUUUAGUAGAAUCAGCUGCUGCUGCAACAACACCAAAUUCUAUUUGUCUGUUUCAAAAAGAGAACAGAACUCACCCAGAACACUGAAAUGGGUCUGAAAAUGGCUGGCGGCUCCCUCUUCUUUGCUGAGUUCCCUUAUACUGAUGCAAGCUUAGUCAAGGGAAGCUUCUGUUCGUUUUAAUGAGUCGCAGAGAUGUGAGAUUGUGCAUAAAGGGCACUGAAAAAAGGAACUGAUUCCUUUUGGAAAUAUUUUAUAUUAAAUUGUAAUGAAUUUGUAAAUAGUUCUCUCUACACUUCCUAAGAAGCCACCAUAACUGCAACAUUUAAAAUCGUCGUCCUGUUAAUAUUCUGCAUUUCCCCAGCUGCCUCAGCACUGGCAUGUUUUUGUUACCAUAUUACUUAGAUACAGUUCUCAGUAGGCUGUGAAUCAGCAACCCAGUAGUCAAAGGCCUCUGAGUGAUGGAGCUAGCUACAGUCAGAACUGAUAGCUGCAAGAGCUUGCAGUCGUCUUAGGACUGCUACCGACUUGCACAUUCCCUCACCCUUGGCAGUGUCUGGCUUUUAAUAGCAGAAGGGACCAAUGACAGCAUUGGAACUUUUCUUCCUCUCUGUUAUUGGAAAUCAGCUGCUGUUACAAGGGUGAGUGGCCUGUCGCAGCAGCCAAAGGGAGAGUAGGGGAUUUCCAUGUGCUCUUUGUCAUUCACCUUGUGGACUUGAUUUGGCUUGUAAGAUCACAUGUAUUGAGAAGCUGUCCGAGUCUUGAAGGUCUCGGGUUUUUGUAGCCCCGGUCAAGCAGCCAAACGUUGAGCCCCUGAUGGCCUGCGGUCUGCAGCUGGUAUUCUGUGUUUGGCUUGGUGGGUCUCAAGCUGUGCAAGUUUGUUGCAGGUUUCAGUUCUCAACAGCAGUGAGAGUCAUUCUGAGUUCUGUGGCCAUGUUGGUUCACAGGCUGUUCUGGUCUAAGGCUUUAAUUUUUUUUUAAAAAAAAAAACUACAGUGAAUGUACAUAACUUGCGUUUGCAUGAUUCCCCCCCCCCCAGCUCUAAUGAUCUGUUCCAGCCCACUAAGGCAAAAUAUGCACGUGCACUCUGGUUCAUGGGGGGGGGGGGUGGCCCAGCCUCUGUGCAGACCUGCUCAUUUUGUUUUGAAAGGUUUAUACAACCAAGUCACCACUUCAGCAGUCAAUACUGUUAUAUUCGUUGUUUUGCCUUGGGAAAAAAAUUGAAUUUUAUUCUGUGUAAUUCUUUGCUUUAAAACAUAGCAUGUAAAUUUUUUUUAAAAAAAAUUACAACAAUGGUUAUGUUGCGUUUUUCCAUACUGCAACCAGGAACUUCAUUUGUAUAUGGUAAUUAAAACAAAUAGGUGUCUGGAACACUAGAGGUUUUUAAUUAACUGUUGGGUUUUUUUAGCGUGUGUGUUUUUCCAUGCAUGGACAUCAAUUUCUGUUGAUACAGGAUGUUUAUUAAAGGUCUCAUGCCUUCAGACCUUUUUCUAAAUUUAUGGAAUAAACAGUUAACUGUA